CUGAUUGUUGAAGACUCAAGAGAAGAUUGUUGUUGUAGUCAGAACCAUCUCUUUCUCUUGGUGAUUCACACUCGUGUUUCUUCCCGAAUGUUUAUUGUUGAUUGUAAACACUUCACAGAUAACCAUGAAUUGGUUAAGUCAUACCAAUGGGCCUAGAAGAGUAAUUUAAAUAGCAAAACCCAAUUUUUUUAUCCUCUCCCUUCUCUCUUUACUCUCUUCCUCCGUAUUCACAACAUAACAUCAUUCAACUCUAUGCCUCACUGUGUACCCUCCCUUUCUUCCUCUUUUGGCCUUUAUCUUUUUUUACAUUCCCGGUCGUAAAAAAGUCUAAUUUCUGUCCCUCUAUUAAUUAAAUCAUCAUCAAAAACAAUCUAUUCCCUCACGAUAUUCAACACCUAUUUUACACCACAUCCUUGUGCAACUCUAACCUUUUCAUCUUCUGAAAUCAUCUGCUUAUACUGUUCACAUCUUAUGUUUAUGUGUAAUUGUGUGUGUAUGUGUUCUAACUCUACCUGGGAUUAACUUAAAUCAUCUCUAUCUAAAAAAUAUAAUUCCGAUUGAUAUAAAUUGCUCUUUAAAGGACAAUGUCUAUUGACAAUGUUAACUCUGGUCAGAGAAAACCCAGCCAAAAUAAAGGAUCCAUGUUACUUAGCAAGGAAGAAAAUGAUCUUGUUUUUAGUCUUCUAGGAGAAAAAUGUGUGACACUUUCAAGUGCAGUUAUUCAAUUAUUGGUCACAACGCCGCCAACUCACUCGAAAUGGACCAAACACACCACUGGGGUAGUCUGCUUUGUAAAAGAUAACAUUGUCCGGUCCUAUUUUAUCAAAGUUUAUGACAUUGACAAUAAGCGACAAUGUGUCUGGCAGCAAGAGCUUUACCGCUAUUUUGAUUAUAAAGCUGCUAGAAUAAACUUUCAUACAUUUGAAGCUGAUAGCUGUCGAGCUGGUUUAUAUUUUGCUGAUAGUAACGAAGCCAAUGAUUUUCUCAACAUUGUUGAAUCAAAAGUUAAAAUUUUAGAAAAACGAGGAAAAAAUUCAAAACAACAAAGUAAUAGUAGUUAUCCCAGUAUAACUGGACCAGCUUCCGACCCAUUUGCGUCUCAUACUCCAAUAGCAAGUAAAAAGAAAGAGAAAGGGAAGAAGGAGAAAGAUAAAAAGAAAAAAGAAAACAAACCUAAAGUCAGAAAGGAAGAUAUUGGUCUGCCAACCGAUUUUCAACAUCUUCGUCACAUUGGUUGGACACCUGAAACCGGCUUUAAUGUCACUAAUAUUACUCCAGAGUACAAGAAAUUUUUUGAAUUUGCUGGUGUCACCGAGAAGCAACUCCAGCUACCAAAUAUUCGUAGUUUUCUUUAUGAUUUUGUGGAUAAAAGAGGAGGUAUUCAAGUAUGUUUACAAGAUAUGGACCAGCACCUCUCUCAAAAACAACCUCCAUCACUACCACUUCAACUGCAAUCGCAGUCAUGGAACGCACCUCCAACUGGAGUUCCACCACCUCUACCAACUCGGACACCUCACCAUCGAACUCAAGCCCCACCUCCACCACCUCCAAUGAAUCCUCCAGUAACUAAGCCACCUCAUUCAGCUCCUCCACCGCCACCGCCACCUCCGCCACCAGCAUCUUUAGGUGCAAUGGCGCCACCACCACCACCUCCACCUCCACCGCCUCCAUCAGGUGGCUCAGGACCUCCACCACCGCCACCUCCUCCACCUCCACCAGCCUCUGGCCCAAUGAUGAAUAAUGCUCCACGAUCCGUCGGAGAUGAAAAUCGCUCUCUCAACGCUAAUGGUGGUGGUGGUCUUGAUGCUAGAUCGGCUCUGAUGGAUGCCAUCCGUAAUGGUCCUAAAUUGAAUCGUGUUGAUCAAGAAAGUUUAUCAUCAAAAUCAAAUAGUAGUGGGGAUACCGGGCGUGAUGCUUUAUUAAGUGAGAUAAGAAAAGGUACCCAGUUGAAACCAGUUGGUACAACUGCAUUGGAGCGUCCUGCUGUUCAAGCUCGACCCAUUGGUGGUAUUGCAGGAGCCUUAGCCAAAGCUUUGGAAGAAAGACAGAGAGCUUUACAGGGUACUAGUGAUGAAAGUGAUGCUUCCAGUGAUACUCCAUCAGAUGAUGAAUGGGAAUAAAAGUGCUCUGAUUUUUCUCUUUCUUUUUUUGCUUCCAUUCUCAUUGAUUUUUUACGCAUUAUUAAUUAUCUUCGCAAAUCAUACUCUGUUAUCACAUUAUUAUUAUCAUCAUCGGUCAUUCAAAUUGGAUUCUAGUUUUCACUUUUUGGUUUUUUAAAUCAAAGCAAACAAUUUUUUCAUCAAAAAUUAUAAUAUGUGAAUCAAAAUUUUGAGCAAAAAGUGUAGACUCGAUUUGAUAACACACCAUACACAAUAACACUUAAACAUUACCACGAGCAUAAAAAAUAUCAUCACGUGAAGGUCCGAGACUACCCCUGAUACAUUGUCAAUCAAACUAUGUCAAAAAUAAUUUUUCAAUCAUCUUUAUUGUUAUCAACAAGAAGACUGUUGAAUAAGACAUCUGUUGUUUUGUUAUAAAACAAAGAGAAAUGUUGGACAAUCUCACCGAAAACUGUUAAAAAACUUCAAUAAUAUUUCCUAAGUACUUAAUAAUGAAACCAAUAUAUCAAAGUAA